CUCUCUCUCUCUCUCGUCAAACACUUGCCAUCAAUCAGUCUCCAAAAUCUCUCAGCUGAGCUUCAGCAAAUCAGCUUCUCUCUCUCUCUCUCUCUCUCUUCUCUCUCUUGCUCGCUCUCUUGCUUUCUGAGUAUUCUGCGAGAACCAGAGGUCAAAACUCUUGAGAAACCCAGGAGGAGGAGGAGCAAGAAUGAGGCCAAUGUUGUCAGGGAAAGCCACAUGCAAUUCUCACGGCCAGGAUUCGUCCUACUUCCUGGGAUGGGAAAAAUACGAAAAGAAUCCCUACGACCAAACCCGGAAUUCUCAGGGCAUCAUUCAGAUGGGUCUCGCUGAGAAUCAGCUCUCGUUUGAUCUUCUUGAAUCAUGGCUCGAAAAUCAAGACAUAGCCGGGUUCAAGAGAAAUGAGUCCAUAUUCAGAGAGCUCGCGCUGUUCCAGGAUUAUCACGGCCUUCCCGAGUUCAAGAAAGCAUUAGCGCAAUUCAUGGAGGAAAUCAGAGGAAACAAAGUGAGCUUUGACCCCAACAAGAUAGUUCUGACUGCGGGUGCGACUUCUGCGAACGAGACUCUCAUAUUCUGCCUCGCCGAAAAGGGCGACGCCAUUCUUAUCCCCACCCCAUAUUACCCGGGAUUUGACAGAGACCUAAAAUGGAGAACAGAAGCAGAGAUUGUGCCAAUACACUGUACAAGCUCCAAUGGCUUCAAAAUCACUGCUCGUGCUCUCGAACGAGCUUAUCAAGAAGCCCAAAAUCGUAACCUCAAAGUCAAAGGUGUCCUCGUCACCAACCCGUCGAACCCGCUCGGCACAACAAUGACCCAAGCCGAGCUCGACCUCCUCAUGGAUUUCAUUAUUGAGAAGCAAAUCCAUCUUGUCAGCGACGAGAUUUACUCGGGCACCGUUUUUAGCUCUCCAAACUACACAAGCAUCAUGGAGGUUCUUUCAAAGUACGAGAAAGCCGAGGUUUGGGAUAGGGUCCACGUCGUGUACAGCCUCUCCAAGGACCUCGGCCUCCCAGGCUUUCGGGUCGGAGCUAUUUACUCGAACAACGACUCGAUCGUCGCUGCGGCAACCAAGAUGUCAAGCUUUGGGCUCGUCUCGUCCCAGACUCAGUACUUCCUCUCCGCGCUCCUCUCGGACAAGAAGUUCACCAAGAACUACAUCUCCGAGAACAAGAAGAGGCUGAAGAAACGGCAUGCGUCGCUCGUCUCGGGCCUCCAGAACGCCGGCAUAAGCUGCCUCGAGAGCAACGCGGGGCUAUUCUCCUGGGUCGACAUGCGACACCUGCUGAAGUCGAACACAUUCAAAGCGGAAAUGGAGCUGUGGGAGAAGAUCGUGUACGACGUCAAGCUGAACAUCUCACCGGGGUCGUCGUGUCACUGCAGCGAGCCAGGAUGGUUCCGUGUGUGCUUCGCAAACAUGACCGAAGAAACCCUUGAGAUUGCCAUCCAGCGUAUCAAGGCAUUCGUCGAAUCCGUCUCUAGAGGCCACGAUAAGGCUAUUGGUGGCCAGAAGUGCCUAAACAUAAAUUUGAGAAAGAAGUUUUCCAAGUGGGUUUUCCGGCUAUCGUUCCACGACCGCGAGGCCGGCGAACGAUAGCCCGGCGAUUACUAGUUUCCUUUUUUUCUUGGAGCACAUUCUUGCAUGGACCGGAUCCGAAGUCUCGUCAUAGCCACUGUUAUCACAUGGAAGCCACGUGACUGAUAUGGAAAAGGUUCACGAUGAUGAUCCCUCUAGGUGGAAAUUUUCAUUUGGCUUUUUUGGACAUAAAACCACAAUCUUUACAUUUAAGGGCAAAAAAAAAAAAAAAAAAA